UGUUACAUGUUCUUUUAUGAACAGCAAAUUAUAAAGCAAAUACAUAACAGUGGUGGGCUUUAUUUUAGGUACAUUGAUGAUAUUUUUAUUGUAAUAAAUUGGCCUGCCCGGCAUUUAUUGAAGCAAAUCGACAAAUGGAAUCAUUUUGAUGAAAAUAUUAAAUUAUCUGAAAAUAUAGGUGUAACGGCCGAUUUUCUAGACUUACAUAUAGAAAAUCGAGAUGGUGAAUUAUUUACAACUGUUUAUCAAAAACCAUCCUAUGAGCCGUAUUACCUACCAUUUAGUAGUAUUCAUCCAUUACAUAUGAAAAAGAAUAUAAUUUUUACUAUGUUACUCCGUGCUAUUCGAUAUUGCUCAACUUUUCAAGAUUAUUUAAAUGAGCGUGAAAGGCUACGAAUGGCAUUAUUGUUAAAUAAAUAUCCAAAUAAAUUUAUUGAUACACAAUUUAUUUACAUCUUAGAAAAAUUAAAUAUUAAACAAUUGUUAACAAUUAAUAAUUAUGCUGAAUACCGCCACAAAAUUAUAGAUUCUCCAAUAAAAGAAAAAGUACCUAUAGAUUUUGGGAAAACAAUGUUUGUACAUUUUACAUAUUGUUCAAAUAUGAGGGCAUUUCCAGGUAAAUUCCACGUUUCAUGGAAUAAAUAUUUUGCUGAAUCUCCGAUUAAUGAUAUUAUACCUACUCUUGGUACUCGAAACGUUAAUAAUCUUCAACGACGAUUAGUACAUACAAGAUUAUAUAAUUCUGAAUAA